UUGGUGAAUUAGUUUUCACACAUGGUGGGAUUGAGAAUUGAAGACAGAAUGUUCUCAAUAUGAUGAAUAUUGAAAUAAUUAUCGGAGGCAUAUCCUUGCCUAGCCCUGACAUGAACUCUCACAGAAGAUGGUAUGCUGAUACCGGUUUCAAAUUUAAAGGCCGACUCGAAUUCAACAAUGAUUCUCUUGCACCACUAUAUACCAAAGGAGAGGCCUGGAAUCACAAACAGCAAUUAAUUAAAUUUAAAGCCUCACACUUCCAUCGCCAGGAAUAAAAAAGCAGCAGCUAGAUUCUCUCUCUGUCUCUCUGUCUUUCCCAUCUAUUCUUUAAGCAGCAGCAGCCACUCCCUUUUGGUUUUUCUUUCUCAGAUGAAUACAGUCAUGGCCAGAAGCUCUCAAGAAAUGUCCUCCAAGAGGCACUUUCACUGGACAAACAAGGUAGGGACAGAAGAUGGUGAAGCUCCCACUUCAGAAUCAUUCUCAACCCUAGUCCAGGAGGAGAAAAAAGAGGAUGACAAGGUUUUUGUUGCUCCUGAGACUCAACCACCUGCAGCAGCCACAGCACAUGUAACAAGGAAGAAGCUGCAGGCAGUGGCAGUCUCCAGGAUUCGCUCUGUCCUCACUGUUUUCAACAAGAACCGUUUGAACUCAUCCUUUGGCCUUGGUUCUCGCGUUGUAGGCACACUCUUUGGCUAUAGACGUGGCCAUGUACAUUUUGCAUUUCAGAAGGACCCCACUUCCCAGCCAGCCUUCCUCAUCGAGCUUGCAACACCAAUCAGCGGUUUAGUUCGUGAAAUGGCAUCUGGGUUGGUCAGAAUUGCCCUGGAAUGUGACAAGGAGAAAAGAGCAGAGAAGAAGUCCUUGAAGUUGCUGGAAGAGCCUGUGUGGAGAACUUACUGCAACGGCAAGAAGUGUGGUUUUGCUACCAGAAGAGAGUGUGGGCCAAAGGACUGGGACAUCCUCAAAGCAGUGGAACCAAUUUCAAUGGGUGCAGGUGUUCUGCCAGGAAAUAAUAACAAUGGAGCUGAAGCAGGGUCAGAGAGUGAAAUCAUGUACAUGAGAGCCAAGUUUGAGAGAAUUGUUGGGUCCAGAGACUCUGAAGCCUUCUACAUGAUGAAUCCUGAUAGCAAUGGAGCUCCUGAGCUCAGUGUCUACUUGCUUAGAGUCUAGCAACCUUGCUAGAUCUGUUUAUUAUACUUAGUUUUGGGUUAUUGGUAUACUACUUGCUUAGCUCUUCAAUCAUGAAAAUGGUGAUCUAGUCCUCUUCAGAUUUUUCUCUUCUCUUCUGUUUUUUUUUUUUUUUUUUUCUGUGGUAUAAGAAGUGGGUUUACCUUUUUUUAGAAUAGGCGAGUAGGCUAAGUGAGGAAGGUGGGGAAUAGUGGGUAACCAAUACUUUACAGCAUGGUGGUGUGGGGUGGGGGUCAUGAAAGGUGUAUAUGUGUAAUUUUUCCUUUCCAAUCCUUUAAUCAAUGAUGAGAGACGGAGGUUAAUGCAAAUCAUCAUUGUCUUGGCACUUUAA